AUGCAGAAGCCCCAGCUUUUGAUCCCUCUCGCGGUCAUUCCGAAUGCAACUCUGAUCCACCCAGACUACUUCCUUCUGGUGGGCAUCCCUGGCCUAGGGCCUAACGUACACUUUUGGCUGGCGUUCCCUCUGUGUUUUAUGUAUGCAUUGGCCACCCUGGGAAACCUGGCCAUCGUCCUCAUCAUCCGUGUGGAAAGGCGCCUGCAUGAGCCCAUGUAUCUCUUCCUGGCCAUGCUUUCCUCCAUUGACCUAGUCCUGUCCUCCGUCACCAUGCCCAAGAUGGCUAGCCUUUUCCUGACGGGCCUCCAGGAGAUUGAGUUCAACAUUUGUCUAGUUCAGAUGUUUCUUAUCCAUGCUCUGUCAGCCAUGGAGUCAGCUGUCCUGUUGGCUAUGGCAUUUGACCGGUUUGUGGCCAUCUGCUAUCCUCUACGCCAUGCUUCUGUGCUCACAGGGCCCACUGUGGCCAAGAUUGGGUUGGCAGCCCUGACCAGGGGAUUUGUCUUCUUCUUUCCCCUGCCCUUUAUCUUGAAGCGGUUGUCAUACUGCCGAAAACAUACCGUCACACACUCCUUCUGUCUUCACCAAGAUAUUAUGAAGCUGUCCUGUACAGACACUACAGUCAAUGUAGUUUAUGGAUUGUUCAUUAUCCUCUCAGUAAUGGGCGUGGACUCCCUCCUCAUUGGUUUUUCCUACAUCCUCAUCCUUAGGGCUGUUUUGGCACUGUCUUCUCGGGGAGCAGCACUCAAAGCUUUCAACACUUGCAUCUCUCAUCUCUGUGCUGUCUUGGUCUUCUAUGUGCCCCUCAUUGGACUCUCUGUGGUUCACAGACUGGGAGGCCCCACCUCCCUGCUCCAUGUAGUUAUGGCUAAUGUUUACCUAUUGUUACCACCUGUUGUCAACCCCAUUGUCUAUGGAGCCAAGACCAAGGAGAUCCGUUCACGGGUGUUCCAUAUGUUCUCAAAAGAUGGUAGGUGA